AUGAAGUUUUUCAACAAAAAAACUUCCCGAAAGCCCACAGCCAACGCUUCUGCUGGCGCACCACCAUACGACGACGACGACGACGACUACUUACCCUCGCCGGUACGGUCAGAACCAGCCUCCCCCGCGAGCCGCUCUCCCACCAAGUCGCCCACCAAAGCAUCGCCAACCAAGACAUCCGCCGCAUCGGCCUCUCCCUUGCUCUUUUCGCCUUCCUCAACCGCCGCAGCCGGCUCCGGCUCUGCACGGCCCUCCCGCACCAAGCACCGGUCCUCCUCCCCGUCUGCGCAGCAGCCGUACGCGGGCUCGUCUGCCGCCUCGCCUCGGCCAAAGAAGUCGUCUUCGUCGUCUUCGUCGCGGCAUCACACCUCGUCUGCCUCCACUGCAACACGGCAUUACGACCGAGACCGAGCGGCUGAGCCAGGGUCGCCGUUGACCUCGUCCUCGUCGGCCAACAACGUUGCGUCCGCGUCUUCUUCGUCGUCUCGCCGGCGGAAGAUCGACCCCAACACCCACCCACUGAACCUUCCGCCCGAGGAGCGCAAGCGCCUCUCUCUACUCUCCGCCAUGUCAAACCGCACCUCCAUGGACACCGACCGUGAAACGCCUGGCGUCACGUCCGGUGCCGCCAGCCCGUCCUCUCCUAAGCCCCCACAGAACUCACAGUCACCUCAGAAGCGCUCCCAGUCACCACCGCUGUCGAACGGCCGGCCUUCCGCCUCGUCGCCGCCACCGGCAGCAGCAACCAAUGGAACCGUUCCCGUGAACGGCAACAGCAGCAACGGUGAUGUGCCCGUGCCGCCACCGCACACGACGCCCGCUCCGACGCCUGAGGAGGAGGCUGAGACGUUCAAGAACCUUGGCAACAAGUACUUUAAGGACAAGAGCUACAUGGCGGCCAUUGGCGAAUACACAAAGGCCGUCAACUUGGUACCGCAGUCUGCCACCUACUUGAGCAAUCGUGCGGCGGCAUACAUGUCUGCAGGCAACUACUCAUCCGCCCUGGAGGACUGCCUGCGCGCCACCGACCUUGAUCCCCAGAACCCCAAGAUCCUGCUCCGCUUGGCCCGCAUCUACACCAGCCUCGGCCAGCCCGAGGACGCCAUCUUGACCUUUGGCCGCAUCCAGCCGCCACCGUCGGCCAAGGACAUGGCCGCCGCCAAGGAGAUGCUGCAGCAUGUCAAUGCGGCACGUGAUGCCCUCGACCAUGGCACCACGGGCUCCAUGGUGCUGCACGCUCUUGAUAUGGCGAGCCGUCUGCUGGGCCCGAGCGCCAUGCAGCCCCGCAAGUGGCAGCUGAUGCGCGGUGACGCCUAUCUCAAGAUGGGCGGCGAGAACAACAUCGGCGAGGCCGCUAACACCGCCAUUUCGCUGCUGCGCUACAACGACAAGGACCCGGAGGCUAUUAUCCUGCGUGGUCGCGCUCUCUACUCGCAGGGCGACAACGCCCAGGCUGAGCGCCACUUCCGCCGCGCCAUUGACCUGGACCCGGACAUGAAGGAUGCCAUCAAAUGGCUGCGCAUCGUCCAGAAGCUGGACCGCAUGAAGGAAGAGGGCAACAAAGAGUACAAGGCAGGCCGCUGGCAGGCGGCCAUUGACAAGUACACGGACGCGCUGAGCAUCGACCCGGCCAACCGCGGCAUCAACUCCAAGCUGCUGCAGAACCGUGCGCUGUGCCGCCUCAAGCUCAAAGAGUACGACGAGGCCAUUACCGACUGUGAUGCGGCCAUCGCCCUCGACCCCUCCUACACCAAGGCGCGCCGCACCAAGGCCAACGCGUACGGUCUGGCCGAGCGCUGGGAGGAUGCCGUGCGCGAGUGGAAGGCGCUGGCCGAGCGCGAACCCGAGGACCGCACCGUUCUCAAGGAAGUCAAGCGCGCCGAGCUCGAGCUCAAGAAGAGCCAGCGCAAGGACUACUACAAGAUCCUUGGCGUGGCCAAGGACGCCGACGACAAGGAGAUCAAGAAGGCCUACCGGAAGCUCGCCGUCGUUCACCACCCGGACAAGAACCCCGGCGACGAGGCCGCCGAGGCCCGCUUCAAGGACAUUGGCGAGGCGUACGAGACCCUGAGCGACCCACAGAAGCGCGCGCGCUACGACAGCGGCGACGACCUGGUCGAUCCCUCGGACAUGUUUGGCGGCGGCGGCGGCAUGCACGGCGGCAUUGACCCCGAGAUCCUGUUUAGUAUGAUGGGUGGCCAGGGCGGCGGCGGCUUCGGCGGCGGCUUCCCUGGCGGCGCCGGUGGCUUCCCUGGUGGUGGCGCAGGUGGCUUCCACUUUAACCAAUCCGGCGGACGAGAGGACGAGGAUGACGAGAGCGACUCUGGCGACGAGGACGAAGAGGAGUACGAAAACCAAGAGUACGCCAAGGACCGCGGAAAAGACUUUGCAUGGAGUGCCGCUUCUGCCGCGUCGCGGACGACGGCUCGCCACGAGCGGCUGCUCGCCGUGGUGCAGCGCAUCGGCAUCUUCGUCGUGGCGGCCCUGGUCCUCCUGCCGCCGGUCCUGGCUGUCCUCCUCGUUGUCCUAGCGGGCCUGGCCUACCUCAUUAUGCAGCGUGUCCGUCCCCAGCUACUGUCACGCAUAGGAGGGUGA